CAGCGCAUUAGUCGAAAUCGGUUUCGUUCACAUCUUUCCCAAGAUAGCAAGCUAUUUGAUAAGAAAUCGAUUAGUGAUUGCUGCCAGACUGUGCCAGUGCUAGUCUCAAGUCAAAAAGGUUACCAUAUUGUCUGUGUGAUAUUACUAGUGUUAAGAUAUGCAUUUUCUACUGCUCCUCCUAGCCGCAAUUGUACUGCUGUUCAAAUGGAUCUACACGCACUUCCGCACGAGAUACCGCUUCUGGAAGGAGCACAAUGUUCCGCAUCUGGAGCCACGGUUUCCGGUGGGAAACGCAGGAGACACUCUCAAGUCGACGAUUCACUUUGCACAUAUCAUGGAUGAUUUGUACCGGCAGCUGAAGAAGUACGGUGACUAUGCUGGGAUCUAUUUCUUUCGAGAUCCAGUGCUGGUUGUGCUGUCACCGGAAUUUGCCAAAACUGUGCUGGUGAAGGAUUUCAACUACUUUAUGGAUCGAGGUGUGUAUAGCAACGAGAAGGAUGAUCCAUUGUCGGCGAACUUGUUCUUCAUGGAGGGCCAUCGAUGGAGGAAGCUGAGGGCGAAGCUAACUCCGACGUUUACGACGGGGAAACUCAAGGCGAUGUUUCAUACGAUUCUGGCCGUGGGGGAACAUUUUGAUGCGUUCCUAAAUGAUUACACAGCGAAGAAGGAUGAGGUGGAGAUUAAGGACCUGCUGGCGAGGUUCACGACGGACAUCAUUGGGUCGUGUGCGUUUGGAAUCGAUUGUAAUAGUUUAGAGAAUCCGAAUUCAAAGUUUCGAGAGAUGGGAAAAAGGAUGAUAAAUUUCCCGAAGUUGAAGGCAUUGAAGAUCUUCUUUGCGAUGAUGUUCCGGAAGCAGGCAAGAUGGUUGGGCAUUAGGUUCAACGAUGAAGACGUUUCGGAGUUUUUCUUUGGAGUCGUAAGGGAUACGAUUCGAUAUCGGGAGGAAAACGGUGUUCAGAGGAAGGAUUUUAUGCAGUUGCUGAUAGAGUUGAAAAACAAGGGAUACAUGGAAGGCGACAGUGAAGGGUUGGUCGAAGAAGUGGGAAAUGGUCGUUUGGAAAAGCUGACGUUCGAAGAGAUUGCUGCUCAGGCGUUUGUAUUCUUUUUUGCUGGAUUUGAAACGUCUGCCACUACUAUGACAUUUGCUCUGCAUCUGCUGGCAUCGAACCAGGAAGUGCAGGAGCAAGGUAGGAAAUGUGUGACCGAGGUUUUAGAAAGGCAUGAUGGGAAAUUCUCGUACGAGGCUUUGUUGGAGAUGAACUACAUCGACUGCAUAAUCCAAGAAACCCUAAGGAUCUACCCUCCGGUAGCGACAAUUCAUAGAAUGACCACAAAGCCUUACAAACUACCAAAUGGUUCCGUUCUUCCGGAGGGUAUCGGUGUUGUCAUUCCAAACUUGGCCUUUCAUCGUGAUCCUGAACUUUUCCCUGAACCAAUGCAAUUCCGCCCGGAACGAUUCUUCGAAGCGGAGAAAGAAAAGCGGCAUAAUUUCAGUCAUCUUCCAUUCGGCGAGGGACCUCGCGUUUGCAUUGGAAUGCGAUUCGGUUUGCUACAAACGAGAAUGGGCAUUGCAAUGCUGUUGAAGAACUUCCACUUCCGAUUGUGUUCGAAAUCGGAUGUUCCUUUAAAAACUGAUCCGGUUAACUUGAUCUACGGACCAGCCGGGGACGUUUGGUUGGGUAUUGAGAAAAUCCAAUAAGAAGCCGGCUAUUA